CUGGAUCUCAGAAGGAAGGGCUUUUGCUUGCUUCAGGAAAUCAGACCUGCUUUUGAACUGGAGUAUUUUGGUUCCCCUUGUAAGAACUCUGGUGGCUCUCUUGGCUGUGCAACCUCCUAGACUCCACAGUACAUGGAAAAAUGCAAGCUUUAGCAGAGGUGAAAGCGCCAUGUGAGGCACUUCCUUCCCCCAGCCUGGAGCCCUACCCCCAGAGCUCCAUCGUGGUCACCCUUGAGGACAUGGGUCUCUGGAUGAAGUUUCAUCAGAUUGGAACAGAGAUGAUCAUCACCAAAUCCGGCAGACGAAUGUUUCCACAAUGUAAAAUCAAAGUCUCCGGCUUAAUCCCAUAUGCCAAGUACCUCAUGCUGGUAGAUUUUGUGCCAAUGGACAACUUCAGAUACAAGUGGAAUAAAGAUCAGUGGGAAGUUGCUGGAAAAGCAGAGCCCCAGCUCCCUUGUCGCACCUAUGUCCACCCAGAUUCCCCAGCUCCUGGCAGUCACUGGAUGAAAGAACCUGUCUCCUUCCAAAAACUGAAGCUCACCAACAACACCCUGGAUCAACAUGGGCACAUAAUCCUCCACUCCAUGCACCGUUACAAGCCUCGCUUCCACAUUGUGCAGGCAGAUGACCUCUUCAGUGUCCGCUGGAGCAUCUUUCAAGUCUUCAGCUUUCCUGAGACUGUCUUCACUUCUGUUACUGCCUACCAGAAUGAGCAGAUUACAAAGCUCAAGAUUGACAACAAUCCAUUUGCUAAAGGUUUCCGUGAGCAUGGGAAGAACACUCGAAGGGAAGGACGAGCCAAAUGCCAGAAGCCUAGUCCAGCCAAGGGCCAGAAGAGGAAGCUGCCUGAGGAAAAGGAGUCCGGUGCUGAGGAACGUGAUUUUGAGAAAGAGGAGAAUGUAGAUGUGAAGGAAGAGAGUAACCCCGUUGUGGUCAGCAGCGGAUACCCCUUCUGGGUCUCGGAGCAGAAUGGCAGCCAUGCCUUCCCUGCAGCAUCGCCGGUGCCAGCUGACCAGAGGGAGGGUCUGGCAAGAGAGCAGCAAGUGCCUACGCCGUCCUACCAGACAUAUAGGUUCCACGAAACUGGGGACAGCCAGCAGCUUCCUGCCCGCGACGCCACGGCCUUGAACGAUUUCCGGGCAAGGUGCCACCCCCUGGAUCUUGCUACAGUGCCCGAGCACGACUCCAAACAGCUCCCAGAGGGCUUCGCCAACCUGCCUCCGCUCCCCCCGCCUCUGCCUCCUCCCCAGGACUACACAGGAGUGGUGAACAUGGCUUUAGACUCUGUUGGGAAACCUGGGGCCCGAGCACCCAUGUACAGUCCGUAUGGCACCGAGCAAGGCCUUGGCCAGUGGAUGGUGCCUUCCCACAGCCAGUACAGGGCAAUGAGCUACUCGGCCUUCUCCACAGAGUACAAUACACAGGGGGCUACGGGACAUGCCCAUGGGACCGUGGCAGAGUGGAGCCAGUACCCUCUGUUCCCCUAUGCCUGCUGGUGAAUGGGGAAGACCAUUCCCAAUGAAAAAACUGAAAGAAAAUUGUAAAUGAGAUCAAAUUUGUUCUGGGGUGUUGACCUUUUGAAGCCUUGUCUACGUUAGGCAAAGAGGCAUUGCUGCAGGCGGUAGCAUGGGACUUCACUUCCUUGUCUCCUUGCACAACAACCCUCACCGUAUUUCACAAGCAAUGGCUAAACUGGUGGGUGUCCUAGCUGUGUCAGUGUGAGUCUGGCUGAAUCAAUGUGUUCUGCAGUGGUUUUUAUCCCAACAGGAGUAGGAAACCACAGGAGCUGCCAGAGCAAUAUUUAAAGAGCUGCCAAGCUCUCAGUCCCAGGCUGUUUGCAUCUCGCAUUUGGCAGUUUCUGAAAUCCCUUCCAGGACUGGCGUGCAAGGAGAUAGGGGCUGAGGAGUUUCAGUAAGCUGUCCAGGAGACCAAGAAGCUGUACAGAAUUAUUGCAAAGAUGCACAAAACAAGCAAUCCGGGUGCCCCCUUGAGCAGGUUCCUCACUUAGUAUAGUCAAACUAAAGCUAGAGUCUUGCCUUUCUUCCAGCAGCAUACAAGAGUAAAACACACAGCAACGCGUAUGUAUCUGGAGCACAGCAGUGGGUAAUGCAGGCAGGGAAGAGUUUGUCCCGUGCAGGAGAAGCGGCAGCAAGACUGUGUGUUGUGUCUGCCUGUCCCCCGUGCCCAUCCCUCUUCUGUCACCCC